AUGUCCGCCGGUGAGCAAAAUUCAAAAAUCUUCCCAAAAGCUCCUAAAGAACUUCAGAGCAAAUUGAUUGAUUUUGUGCAACAAGGAUAUCAAAAAGGACUUGUGAAGAAAGGCGCCAAUGAAGUGACAAAGGCAUUGAAUAGAGGAAGAGCUGAGGUCGCUAUUUUGGCUGCCGAUGCUGAACCAAUUGAAAUCUUACUUCACAUCCCAAUCUUGUGUGAGGACAAAAACGUCCCUUAUGUCUUUGUGUCGUCCAAAGCUGCUCUUGGCCGUGCGUGUGGGGUGUCAAGAGAUGUUAUUGCUGUUGCGUUGUUGGGGGAUAAAGGAACUUUUUCUAAUUCCAUCGAAACUGUCCGUGAUGAAAUUGAAAAGUUGUUGUUCUGA